AUGACAUCCUCUCCCAAAGACUUCUCCGUCGUCAUCAUCGGCGGCGGCAUCGGCGGCCUAACCCUUGCCAUCGGUCUCCACACCCGUCGCAUCCCCGUCCGGAUCUUCGAAUCCGCCCCGCGCUUCGCCGAGAUCGGCGCCGGUAUCGCCUGCGGGCCCAACUCCCAGGAGGCGCUCAAACGCCUCGGUCUCUACGAAGACUUUUUGCAAUUUGCCGACUUCCCCUCGCGCAACCUCUUCUUCCAAUGGCGUCUCGCUGAAGCCGAGGAGAAUACGCUGCUCAGCGAGACCUUCUGUAAGAAGUACGGCAUGGCGAGUAUUCAUCGUGCCGAACUGCUGGAUACCUUCAUCAAGAGGGUUCCCGAGGAGAUCUGUGGGUUUGGUAAGAGACUCAAGAGUCUGCACCAAGACGACGGGAAGAAGGUGAGGAUGGAGUUUGAGGAUGGAACCGUCGAAGAGGCGGAUCUAGUCAUCGGAUGCGACGGAAUCCACUCUCGUGUUCGGGGCGCACUGGAUCCGACCACUGCGGGCCCGUCCGCUGUAGCGGGCUCCGAGAAGCUCGUCUGGUCCGGCACCUGGGCGUAUCGUGGUCUCAUCCCACGUACCACCUUCGUCUCCGCACUCGGCCCCGAAAAGGGCGAGUUCUACGCCGAAACGGCCCAGAUGAUGCUAGCCAAAGACUCGCAUCUGCUCACCUUCCCCAUUCAGGGCGGCAAGACGGUCAACGUGGUUGCCUUCAAGACCGAUCGCACGCGGUGGCCCGAACGAACCGCUUUCCCAAAGGGCGAAUCGUGGACUCAAGAGACUUCCCAACAAGCCCUGCUCGACGACUUCGCAUCCUACAGUUCGGAUCUGCAAAAGAUGCUGCGGUGCAUCGAAAAGCCGUCCAAAUGGGCACUGCAUCAGAUCGUCCCCUCUCUCACAUCGUAUACGAACGGGCGGGUGAUUGUCACGGGUGAUGCGGCACACGGCGGUACCCCGCACCAAGGCGCUAUGGCAGGACAAGCCAUCGAAGACGCCCUCUUCCUCUCCCACCUCCUCGCCCAUCCCAAGGUGCAUAACGGGAAUCUCACAAAGGCCCUCCAGGUGUACGACCAGAUUCGCGUUCCAAGGGCAAAUCGCGUGCUCGAAUCAAGCCUCGAGGCGGGCGACACGUACGAGUUCCGCGGCGUCGGGGCGGACGAUCCCCAAAAACUCGGUCAGCAUCUCGUCGAGAGGUUCGACCACAUUUGGGACUACGAUUUGGACGAGGAGAACGAGCAGAUGAAUCGAUGGAUCGAGGAGAACCUGUAG